CACUGAUCAUACUUCAUUUUAACAACAGUCUAACACUUUUCGUGUUCUACUCGCGCGUGCAAGGAAUCGAUGGUGUCUUAAUACAUUCUAGAUGACUGUGAUCGCCCAGGAUGGUCAACCAGCCUCAGAACAGCCGAGCCGUUCGGCUGGCUGCUUCUUGCACGGAAUGUCAACGUCGGAAGCAGAAGUGUAGUCGUGAAUGGCCUUGUAAUCAUUGUCAGGCAAGAAGAAUUGCCCACCUAUGUAAAUUUGAGCCGAAGAAAGUGUUGAAAGCGAGGAAAGCAACUGUCAAUGAUUCGAGACAAGCCGAUUCUGUCCGCACUAUUAGCGUUGAAAAGGGGCAAAUUGCCUCCCCCAUGGCUGGGACCGCUGUCGAGGAGAGUAAAGAAGACUUCAAGCUGUUGGGGUACCUCCCUGAGGUCCAAUCCGGAGAGCAUGUGAGCGGAAAUGCGUUGCGUGUAAUCCCUCCAAAGCCAUAUACAGCUCACACGACUCAAGAUAUCUUGGUACAACACUAUAUCCGUGAAACGAACUCUCAGUACUAUUGCCUCUAUCCACCCACGUUUCUAAGUGAUUACUCUGCAUGGUGGUCGGGUAAAACCAGCGGUCAGCCGUUGACUGAAGAGUUUACCUGUCUAUUAAUACGGACAUGUGCGUGUGCAACCUUAUUCCUCGACCCUAGAGUAAAACAGAAGCUCGAAAUGGAAUUGGGUGAAAGCCACCAUUCCCCCAGGGAAAGGGGCCUAACACAAGUCCAGCAACUAUUUCUCGCGGCAUCCUGGUACAAGGCCGAAGCCCUGUUUGUUGAAUCAUGGCAUGCCUUGAGCUCCGCUAUCCACGAGGCUCAAGAGUUGGGCAUGCAUAAGAGCAUUUCUAAGGUAGGACUUCCAGAAUUUGACAGGGAAAUGAGGCGACGUCUGUGGUGUAUUCUGUAUAGUUGGGACUGGCAAAUGUCCCUCAUGCUAUCCCGCCCCUUUAUUAUUAACAGCGCUUACUGCUCCUUUGAAAUGCCCAAUGUGAGGUUGGAAAGCGACCAUAUUGAAGCAGACGUGCCCUCGCCUAUAGUCCACAUCGCGCUCCAAUGCCAACUCGGCCAGGCCUUGUCCAGAAUACCAGGGGUGAUGGGUGGAACAAUGACUCCUGCAAUCGCCGUCACUGUUCAACAAGAGACCGAAAACUGGCUCGCUUCAUUUCCGCCUGCUUAUAGGCUUGUCAAUCCUGACACGCAAUGGGAUCAUGAUUACAAAUACGUGGAGGUGCAACGCAAACAGCUGCAUACUAUUGCCUACAUGGUUAUGCUUAUGCCAUUGAAACCUUGUCUCACAAGUGACGUACAACAAGACUCCACGUCUAUCGAGAAGAGUCUCCAGCCCACUGCCAUUGACAUUGCACUGAAAUUGAUCAAGGCGGCUCACCAGCUCCUUGAUUGCAUGUUGCCCCUAAACGCCAAGUUUCAUUUUGCGCCGUUCACGAUGUUCGACACAGCCGCCAGCCUAUGUUCAGCCAUCAUCCACGACCAUGGGCGAUGUCUCCCUCGGCGAGACGAGAUUAUUCAAGCAAUCGGCGUGACUCUGGGCACACUAGAACAGAUCAGCCACGGCACAAAAACCGCCGCAAUAUGCUACGGUGUGCUCUCAAAACUUGUGAACAAGCUCUCCUUAGCCCCAGAGGAGGAAUUGACCCUGCGCUCCAAGUUUUCCGACAGCCAUCUUAGAGGGGUCAAGACGCCUUCUGACUCUGAGUUAACUCUGGAUGCGGUCCCCUGCAUCGACUUUGGCAUUAAUAACAAUCUGCCGUCUUUAGACGCACACAGCUCUGAGAUGUAUGCUUCCACAAUGUCAGGUUAUUCCUCCCUGGAGCCACUGGCACCUCCGUCUUCAGACCUUCAGGAGCUUUUCAACGUGGAUCUUGGCGAAUUAGGCCAGAUCUGGGAUCUGGAGAACCUCGGUCUUGAUUUUCCACAGGCCCUGACUGCUUAGGUUACGGCAUUAACAGCUCUUGAGCUGGCAUAUUUGUACCAGGCAGGAACCAGACACCAUACCAGCUGGCGCUCCUCCUGCUAUUGAGAGAGCGUAUGAUCACGAUCAAGGUUGUCUACAUAGAUUGCACACCAUUGCUGUUGGAUGUCGCAAUGAGACAACAGUCGGCAUGGUUUGACUGUGCAUCAUGGAUAUUAUACUCUCCAAUAUGAACAUAAGGGUGACGUCCAACGAGGUCAUCUCGUGGUUUGGUCCCUGUGAAAAUUUUGGGUGUACUGACUUGUUUGGUGCUUCCCUAUUUGUAAGAUCAGAGCAAUAUCAGUCUCCUUAAAUAUGCUCCAGGUAGCAU